GUACUAUAUUAGUAUUUUUAAGCUAUCGUUUUGUUAGAAAAGCGACAUUUUUAUUUUGUUUUAAAGGUUAUAUACUUUUGUAAAUAUUAAAAAAUAGAAAUAAAAAAAUUCGUUAGGUGUAUUGACUUUAACGGGCCAGCCCAUUUAGCCAGUAGGCUAAACUUGAUUUUUUCUUUUUGUAUUUUAAAAUUUCAUAUUUAGUAAUUUUAGACGCUCGUUUAAAAUAAUAUAGGACAAAUAUGGGUCCUUUUAACUAUGACAUGUUUAAAAACAAUAAACCUGCCGUCCUUUUGAUGAGCGAUUGACGUCUAUAGUUAAUAUUUUUUUCAAACGGCCACUUAAAUUGCUAAAUUUGAAAAAAUGAAAUAUAAAAAUAAAAAUCUCAUUAACGAAAAGAAACCGUCCAAUUUGGCGAGUUGGGACUUGGGACAGGAGAGAUUCGGCCGGCGCCGAUCGGCAGAGGCGGCGGAGGCCGGAGAGGGAUUCAGGGAUGGAGGAGGAGGUGACGGGGAGCGGCGGGGGGAUUGCGCGGAAGAUGGCCGCGGGGGAGGUGGAGCUGCAGGAGAAGGCGGGGACGGCGUGGAGCCACUCGUACCUGAACCAGAAGCCGUGGCACCCGCUCUCGUACCCGAACCAGCGCCGCAAGUGGAUCGCCGAGCAGACGCACGCCAAUCGCGCGCGCCGCCUGGAGGAGGUGCAGCGGGAGUUCGCGCAGGAGCAGGAGUUCUUCCGUCAGACCGCGCUCUUCUCUAAGAAGGACAAGGAGAAGAUGGAGGUAAUGAAAGCUGUGAGUUUCAUGUACGUGCGUCCACCUGGCUACAAUGCAGAGAGUGCAAAAGCUGCUGAAAUUGAAGAUGAGAAAAGGAGGUCAGAUCCAGGAAACGUGGCUCAAGGUGCUGCAGUGGCGAGUACCUCUUCAAUGCCUGAAAAGGGACUUGAAAAGACCCAAUCAAUCACAGAUAAGAAAAAUAGGCCGAAAGAUGUUUUUGGUCGGCUAUUGCCAACAGAACAAGAAUUCGAAGUUCUAAAAAAUGCUCCAAGGUUGGACACUGGUGCUCCUGUGAGGAUUAAACCAUUUGGAGUUGAAGUUCGUAAUGUUAGAUGUUUAAGGUGUGGAAACUACGGCCACCAGAGUGGUGACCGGGAAUGCCCCAUGAAGGAUGUGAUCAUGCCUAAUGAGGAGAGUCGAUUGAAAAGGGAUGAUCCACUUACAGCUAUAAUGGCGCACACUGAUUCAUGUGAGCCUUUGAAGUGGGAACUUAAGCAGAAGCCAGGCAUGAUCCCUCCUCGUGGUGGAUUCAACCCAGAUGAUCCUAACCAGCAGAUUGUUGCAGAAGACAUCUUUGAUGAAUAUGGAGGAUUUCUGGGCGACUGUGAUAUUCCAGCUCUCAUUUCCAACUUUUCUGCUAGCUAAUCGAAGAAACGAUCCAAGAGUAAAGGCAGGCAUAAGCACGCUGAGCCAGCAGUUCAUGAGGAAUCCAGAAGACAUCACAGCAGUUGCCAUUCAUCCUCGGACUCCGAAGCUGAGAAGAGCAAUAGGGCAUCAAGAGUCAAGAGAAAGAAAAAAAUAUUCUUCUGAUCCGUCAUAUUCUGAUGCUGAGGUGGAAGCUUGAAAAGGCAAGCAUAAGUCAAAGCAUAAGCAUAAGAAGAAACACUGGUCAGAAUCUUCUUCUGAUUCAAAUGUUGAGGCUAACGAAGAUACAAGGAGGCAUAUGAAGACACAGCAUUGGAAGUAGAGAAGAGUGUAUUCGGAAGGUGCACCUUCUUCCUUCUCUAAGGACAAAGGAGGCACAGAAAGCAAGAGGCAUUCAAGGCACUCAAGGGAGAAGCGCCAGUACAGUGACUCAGGUUCCUCUGAGAGCGAGAGGCAUUCAGCGCGACAGAUGGA